UGCCACUUGUUUCCCAUCACAUUUUACCACAAAAUCAAAAUGAGGCUUUGUGAAUUCACUACUCUCUCCUUACUAUUUUCUCUUCUUUUGCUUUCUGCCUCGGCAGAACAAUGUGGUUCACAGGCCGGAGGUGCACGUUGUGCCUCGGGACUCUGUUGCAGCAAAUUUGGUUGGUGUGGUGACACCGAUGCCUACUGUAGUCCGGGGAAUUGCCAGAGUCAGUGUCGUUCUGGCCCCUCCCCGAGACCACCUACCCCUGGCCCCAGUGGGGACCUCGGCAGGAUCAUCUCAAAUUCCAUGUUUGAUCAAAUGCUUAAGCAUCGCAACGAAAAUGCGUGCCAAGGAAAGAAUAAUUUCUACAGUUACAAUGCCUUCAUUAGUGCUGCCAGGUCUUUUCCUGGCUUUGGCACCACUGGUGAUACCACUGCCCGUAAAAGGGAAAUCGCUGCUUUCUUUGCCCAAACCUCUCAUGAAACUACUGGAGGAUGGCCUUCGGCACCUGAUGGACCAUACGCGUGGGGUUACUGCUUCCUCAGAGAACAAGGCAGUCCUGGUGACUACUGUACACCAAGUGCACAGUGGCCUUGUGCUCCUGGCAGGAAAUAUUACGGACGAGGCCCCAUUCAAAUUUCACACAACUACAACUAUGGGCCAUGUGGAAGAGCCAUCGGAGUUGACCUCUUAAACAAUCCCGAUUUAGUAGCUACAGACCCAGUCAUCUCAUUCAAAUCUGCCAUCUGGUUCUGGAUGACCCCUCAAUCACCAAAGCCUUCAUGUCACGAUGUCAUCACAGGAAGAUGGAACCCGUCUGGCGCUGACCGAGCAGCCAAUCGCCUCCCUGGAUUUGGUGUCCUCACGAACAUCAUCAAUGGUGGCAUAGAAUGUGGUCAUGGCAGUGACAGUAGGGUCCAGGAUCGCAUUGGGUUUUACAGGAGGUAUUGUGGAAUUCUUGGAGUUAGCCCUGGUGGCAAUCUUGAUUGUGGUAACCAGAGGUCUUUUGGCAACGGACUCUUAGUCGAUACUAUGUAAUUUCAUAAUCUGUUUUGUUGCAUUCUCUUGCAAUGCAGGGCCCAGCUAUAAAUAAAUUUACUUGUGUGCGCUAAUUGUGAUUGUAAUCUGAUGGAACCACGACUUGUAAUCGUUUUUCAUUUUAAUAAACAGAGACUUUGUCAA